AGUGCUGAGAAUGUGUGCUUGCUGAAUAUCCUACCUGUGUGUCCACUAGUUUCUUUAGCCUCUCGGCUGGGUUUUGUCCCGUCUUUUGCUUUCAUUCUCCUGUAACGAAGCACCCACCAUGUCACAGCCACCUGAUGCAGAGCCCAUUACUGUGGUACCAGCAGAACCAGCAACAACUACUGAACCAGCAUCUGCCACAACACCCACCGCACCCGUCACCAGAACUUCAUUCUGGAGGGAAAGGAGAAAAAUCCCAGAGAGGACAGAUGAGUUCCUGCUGGCCAGGUUUCAGGGUGAUGGAGUGAGAUAUAAAGCCAAGCUCAUUGGUGUAGAUGAUGUUGCGGAAGCCAGAGGGGAUAAAAUGUGUCAGGAUUCCAUGAUGAAACUAAAGGGCAUGGCAAUAGCUGCUCGUUCUCAAGGCAAGCACAAGCAAAGAAUAUGGGUGAACAUCUCUCUAACGGGAAUCAAAAUUGUUGACGAGAAAACUGGGGUGAUUGAGCAUGAACAUGUGGUAAAUAAGAUCUCAUUCAUUGCUCGCGACGUCACUGAUAACCGGGCGUUUGGAUAUGUUUGCGGAGCAGAGGGGCAGCACCAGUUUUUUGCUGUUAAGACAGCUCAGCAGGCUGAGUCUCUGGUCAUUGAUUUGAAGGAUCUGUUUCAGCUGAUAUUGAAUUUGAAGAAGAAAGAGCAGGAGGCUGCACAGAAGGGUGAAGGAAAUGGCACCGUGAUUGAGAAUGGUGGUGAUGCUUUACUCACCUUGGAUGGUAAAGAAAAUGCUGUAAAAACUGUAGAGCAGAUGGACCUGUUUGGUGAUAUGUCCACUCCACCUGACAUUCACUCUCCGACGCCUGACAGUGUUCUGCUCCUUGACUUUGCUUUUGUGAUUGAUGGCAAUCAAGGAAAUCCUUGCAUCUCAUACUCCAAUACACCAGAUGACAAACCGGUUUCAUCCAUUUCAGAUCUUUUCCCAACUCUUAGUUCUGAUCCCUUCAGUGAUGAUCCCUUUUCUCCCUUGAAUGAUCAGUCAGAUUCCAUGUUUUCUUCCAAUAGCGAGUCGGAUCUUUCUAAUGGACUGUCCGAUGCCCAGUUGUCACAUGAAAGCAAAGUAAACCAGCUUCCUUUAAGCAAUCUGAAUGAUGAAAGCAAUUCCCCCUUUAGCCAGAAUCCUUUUUUGAGAACCUCAGUGAACAACCCACCAAUCUUAAAUGGGUUAUACAAGUCAGUUCCUCCUGUUUUCCAAACUCCUCUCUUAUGUAAUGGAUCGAGUAAAUCAGUGGAAUUGUUUCAAACCAUCCUGCCAACUUCUGUUCAAAAUGGAGGCUUGAUAGUCCUUUGCCCCCCACCUCAAAGCUCGAAGUCUGGAUGCAUGCGGAGGAGAGAGCAGUCACCUGGAAAUUACCUGUUUGGAGCUGAACUUUUUGCUCCACCGGCCCAGAAAGCGUCUCAGCCCUCAAAUCAGACCUCAUCCAUUCCAGCAGAUCUCUUCAACACCACACCAUCCUCCACCGUCCAUGCUCUUGGGUCAUUGUCUCUGGGCCCCACAUCUGUCACUCAAAUUCCUGGGACAGCUCCAUCUCUAUGGAGUCAGACUCCCACAAUGUUUCCUCCUCAAGGCAGUGUUCCUCAAGUAACGGUUCCAGGACAACCAAGCCUUUUUUCUCAACCAUCUGCCUUUGGAGGACUGCCUGCACCUGCAUGGGGGCAGCAAGGAGCUUCCCCUUUUGGUCCACCAGCUGUCACUCAAGCCUGGGGUCAACCAGGAACUGCAGCACCUGGUGGGGCCUGGCCCACCUCUGGUCCUGUGGCCAGCCCUUUCCAACCAAACCAAUUUGCUCCCAUGAUGCCUCCUAAUUCAGUGAUGGGUAUGCAGCAGAGUGCAGUGGUUCCUCCUCGACCUCCACCCCGUCCCCCGGUGAAAGAAGAUACGCCAGUGGUCAAAAGCGCCUUUACAGCUUUGGACCCCCUAGGGGAGAAAGAGAAGAAGACUGGAAAAGAUAUGUUCAAAAAUUUCCAGAUGGUUAAGCCCCAGAGAGCAGAACAAGGAACUGGUCCAAGCACCAAUGGCUCAUUUGACCAGUACUUUUCUAGCAAGGAUGGCUUGGCUCAGGAGGUGGCAGAUCAUGAUGACUUUGACAUAAACCAAAUCUCAGUUAACUCCAAUGGGACCUCCAAACUUGCUCCUCGGCAGUCCCCUCUUACUGUUGCAGUACCUCAGGGAGCAGGUCUGAUCCCGACCCUGGCCCCAGUCACAGGGCUUUUGGAUGCUGCCUUCAGUCCUAAUCCAGCCCCUGUACCCUCAAACCAAACUCCCACAGCAGGCUCAAACCUUUUUGAUGACACUUUUGGAACUAACCCUUUUGGAGCACCACCCAUGAAUACGAGCACUCCAGCCGCUCAGACUGCUGCCCUUGCAGAUGCUUUUGGAGACCCAUUUAGUGGAAAUCCUUUUGCCUGAGAAACUUUAGCACUGUUGUACACUCUCACUGAUCCAGUGCUACUGAGCCAGAGGACCACACAAGCACUGUAGAGUUGCAAUCAGCAUUCUACUACAUGGGAAAGAAAUGUGCCCAUAAAACCCCUUUUCUUGUAUUGUGUGCUUCACUGUUCUCAUUCUCACUAUAUAUCUGCUGUAGCCUCUUUCUGUGCCUUUCAAACUGAUCAGAGAUCAGCCCUUCUUCUCCAGCCCAUUCACAUUAACCCAUUUCAAUCCCAAGUCACUCAUGAAAUAAGAUGCACAGUUGAAGUAGGGUUCUUCUAGAGCGUGUAAUAGAGAAGGAGAGGGAAUAAAAGAUGUUGAUCA